GCCCUUGGUGAAGGAGGUAUGUACCACCUGUGGCAACCAUGACUCUAAUGAGCGGACAUGGAUAAUGUUCCCUGGGACUGAUCUCAUUGUUUGGCAGUAAACCAGUCAUCCAGGUGGCCUAUGAGAAGGGAUAAAGGACAGACUCUUCAAGAAUCAAGUGUUGUUGAGAUAAUUAAUUCUCCUUAUUCUCAAAUGGAACCUCCUUCCUUAUAAUAGCAAGGCUGAAGAUCAAGCACAACUUGACUUUGUUGCAAAAAGACUACAGAGCUAUAUGAAAGAGAAGUCCCUUUUGAUUUCAGAAAGAGGUGCCAUUGCUGACAGGAUCAGUCCAGGGGUACUCAAAUCUCUCAUAACCCUCUCAGACAAACCAAAUUCUCUAGCUUGAAGAACCAUACUUUUCAAAUGGCAAAAAACCCAGUUACAGUUCCAGUUGCUGGCGUGGCUGGGCAAAUAGGUUAUGCCAUUGUUCCAAUGAUUGCAAGGGGAAUCAUGCUGGGUCCUAAUCAGCCUGUGAUUCUGUACUUGCUUGAUAUUGAACAGGCGGCUGAAUCCUUGAAUGGGAUAAGUAUGGAAUUGACUGAUGCUGCCUUUCCUCUUCUGAAAGGUGUGGUUGCUACCACAGACGUUGUUGAAGCUUGUAGAGAUGUCAAUAUUGCUGUUAUGCUUGGUGGAUCCCCACGGAAGGAAAUUACGUUGAGGAAGGAUAUGUUGUCUACAAAUGCGUCUAUUUACAAGGCUCAAGCUUUGAUCUUGGAGGAGCAUGUUGCUGCAGAUUGCAAGGUGUUAGUUGUUGCCAACCCAGCAAACGCUAAUGCCCUCAUCUUAAAACAAUUUGCUCCUUCAAUCUCAAAGGAAAACAUCACAUGCCUAACACGACUUGAUCACAACAGAGCAUUGGGCCAAAUAGCUGACAGGCUAAAGGUUCAUGUUAGUGAUGUCAAGAACGUAAUCAUCUAGGGAAAUCACUCUAUAACUCAAUAUCUAGACGUCAAUCAUGCGACUUUCACCGCCAGAAAUGGAGAGAGACCAGUCAGAGGACAUGUUGCUGACGGUCAUUGGUAUCUCAACAUAUCCAACAUGUUUAUUUAUUACCACUUUCACAUGUUUAAAUUACUUGGAAACAUGGGUUGAUAAACUACUUUAAACUUUUCAAAUGGGAGGUAUAGUAA